AAAAGAAAACUGCACUGCCACUAACCGCGCUUAAGACCUCCGCGAAAUACCCUCUCGACCAAAGCAAACCAAACCACCUCUUUUGUCCCUGUAAAAUGGAAUCAGCGGCGGCAGUGAAUCGAAACCCUCGAGCACAGAUUGAAGAAGGGCUUGAAGAUGCCCAGAAUGACUAUGAAGAUGAACCGGGGGAGGACGAGGAGGAGGAGGAGGAGGAAGAAUUUGACGAGGAAGAACUCAGCGGCCACGAAGGUGGUCGAUCCUCCGAUAGGGAAAGGAUGAACGACCUACUUCGCCGAUUGGCCACCGGCUCCGUAAGGGUUCGUGUCCACGAUGUUCUUAUCAAAGGAAAUACAAAGACUAAAGAUUCCCUAAUCGAAGCCGAGGUACUACCGGUCUUCAGAUCCGCCUCUACGAUGCAGGAGCUCCUCCAGGCCGCCACCGCAGCCAAUGCUCGUCUCCAGAGGCUGGAAAUCUUCGAUUCUGUCAGUAUCGUCCUUGACGCCGGGCCUUCUGAGCUUCCCGGCACCGUUAAUGUUAUCAUAGAUUUGGUUGAGCCCAAGAACCCUCUAAGCGGUGAUAUCGGCUUUUACACUAGGCCGGAGACAAGAGGUUGGUCAAUUGAAGGAUUACUUAAGUUAAGGAACGUGUUUGGCUAUGGUGACAUCUGGAAUGCUGCAGGUGCAUACAGUUUGGACCAUACAACUGAGAUGAGUGCUGGGCUGUCCUUACCCAGAUUUAAGGCACUAUCUACUCCUAUAACUGCCCGUGUGACACUCCUUACUCAAGAUUGGUUGAAGUUUUCAUCCUAUAAAGAGCGUCUGCUUGGCCUUUCAUUUGGGUUGGUUUCUACAAUACGUCAUGAAUUGGCUUAUAAUCUCACAUGGCGUCACUUAACGGACCCCUUACGCAUGUCAUCUGUAUCAGUAAGAAGGCAGCUAGGACAUAGUCUUCUUUCCUCGCUAAAGUAUUCAUAUAAGCUCGACAGGAGAAAUUCAAGUAUCAGGCCUAUGAAAGGAUAUGCUUUUCUCUCUACAUCCCAAAUUGGCGGUCUUGGACAUGAUAGUAAUCUUUUGAGGUUUAUAAGACAGGAGUUCGAUCUCCGUGCUGCUAUUCCCUUGGGAUUCUUUCAUACUGCUCUAAAUAUUGGAGUUGCUGCUGGUGUAAUAAUGCCAUGGGGGAAUGGAUUCAUGACCUUGCCCACGCCUUUGACAGAGAGGUUCCAUAUCGGUGGAAACUCUUCUCCCCUGUGUUUGUUGGGCAGCCCCACUUCAUUGUUAGGCUUCAAUAUGAGAGGGCUUGGCCCCACUGACUUACGGAGGAUGAUUCCAAGCCGAACUGAUCAGACCAGUGAUCCCCCAGCAAGCCCUGGAUGGGAUGCACUAGGGGGAGACUUAGCUGUAACUGCGUUUGCUGAUAUUUCUUUCAACUUGCCUCUCAAGGUGCUUAGAGAUUCUGGGAUUUAUGGUCACGCAUUCAUUUCUGCCGGGAAUCUGGCAAAACUAUCAGAGGGUUCUAUCAAAGAUUUUUCAAUUCGCCAGUUCGCUAAGAACUUUCGGAGCUCUGCUGGGAUUGGUGUAAUAGUUCCUACCAAGCUUUUCCGCAUGGAGGUAAACUAUUGUUACAUCCUGCGGCAAUUUGAGCAUGACAGAGCAAAGACAGGUAUUCAGUUCAGCAUCUCUGCUCUAACCUAGAGGCUCUAUCCGAGUGUUUUUUAGAUAGAAUCAUUUCUUGGUUGAUGAGAUCAGCAAAAUAACUUCUAUUUCUUAGAAAAAAAAACCUGCACAUAUGUGCUUGAAAAUAGCCUGGAGCAGUAAACUAUUCAGUUUUUGUUCAAAAUUCUCGUGGAUAUUUUUUUUUCCACCUAUUGUACCGGUGAUUGUUGAUCUAAGCUGCUUCUGUUUCACCAAUUAUAUUGGCGUUACUAGAAGCUUGGAGAGAUUAUUAAUAACACGGUUAUUAUUUUUUAAUUUUUAAGAAAAUUUGUAA